AUGUCCAAAGACAUCAGCAGCAGUUGCUGCUGCCGCAGCAGCGGCAGCAGGAACUGCAGCAGCAGCAGCAGCAGCAGCAGCAAAGCAAACAAGAAUCUAGGCACUUUGCGGCUGCAGAUAUCAGGAAGCUCCCUAUACACCGCAGCACGUAGGCGACCAGCAGCAGCUGCUGCAGUUGCUGCUGCUGCUGCCGCUGCAGUUGCUGCAGCAGCUGCUGCCAAGAAGGCACGUAAGGAUGGCUUAGUCCUCCAUACAAACCCUCCAUCAUUCUUGGUGUCUCCUCCUGAGGCAUAUGUUCGUUUGCUGCUGCAGCAGCAGCAACAGCAGCAGCAGCAGCAGCAGCAGCAUAUGCCUUUGCAGCAAGAAGAUGAGAGGCGUAUACACCUGGCAGUAUCCGAUGUUCUUAACAGCAACCAGCUGCAGCAGCAACAGCAGCAGCAGCAGCAGCAGUAUGAGCUGCUGCAAGGCAGCAGCAGGGGUCUGGAGGUAGCAGCAAUUAGAAUGCCUGUCGGCAGCAGCAGCAGCAGCAGCAGCAGCGGUUUUGCUGCUGCUGCUGCUGACCUGCUGCUGCAGCUGCAGCAGGAGCUGCUGUUCCACAACCAACUGCAGCAGCAGCACAAAGAGCCCUCCCGUGCCCGCCUGGUUGCUGCACCAUCAGCAGCAGCUGCUGCAGCACGACCAGCAGCAGCAGCAGCGCCUGCUGCUGCUGCUGCUGCUGCACCUGUAGUUGGGCUGCUGUGGCGUCAGCCUCUAACGUGGCAGCUGCUGCCUCUGCGUGUGUCUCUGCAGCGGGAGAUCCCACUGCAGCAACAGCAGCAGCAGCAGCAACAGCAGCAGCAACAGCAGCAGCAGCAACGGAAGCGACAACAGCAGCAAAAGCAACAACAAGAAAAGCAGCCACAGGAUGCUGCAGUGGCCCAUCAUCAGCAGCAGAAGCAGCAGCAGGCAGAACAGCAGCAGCAGCAGCAGCAGCAGCAGAUUGCUGAGAUAUGGUUGACUAUAGGAGAAGGCCAUAACACUGAGCAUCUGCUGCUGCGUCUGCUGCCACCUGCUGCUGCUGCUGCUGCUGCAGCAAGUGCAACAGGAGCAGCAACAGCAGCAAACGCGCCUCUGCAGUUGGAGGUAAUUGCUGUUAGUACACCUGCUGCUGCUGCUGCUGCUACUGCUGCUCGUGGGGUGUCUCUGCUACAGCCAGAUCUGCUGCUGUCUGUUGCUGCUCUGCUGCAGCAACGACUGCAGCAGACGCAGCAGCGGCGUCUGAUGCUGCUGCAGCAGCCUGCUGGCCUCCCCAGGAGGAGACCGGCAGCAGCUAGCAGCAGCAGGCACACCAGCAGCAGCAGCAGCAGCAGAGGCAGCAGGAGGCAGCAAACAGCCUUCCUAGCAGCAGCAAUAAAUACACGGCCUAUACGCAUGCAACUCCCUCGUGUUUGUAUACAUUAA